GUGUUCGAGUCCGUGACUUCAUGAGCUCCGGAGAGCGAGACACCUUUUGCACGGAGGUCCUGGUGCAGAUGUCUGACAUGGAGGCUUGCAGCCUGGAUGGUGGUGGGGAGGUGACGAUUGCUGGACGUGGGCUUCGGGACUUUGCGAAAGCGGCAGACGUCAUUGCCAAAGACCUGGACCACAUGGGCUUGCUG